AUGCUGAGGGGUUUUGCCGUCUUGGCGACCUUUGACCCUUUCUGGUCUCGUUUCGGGACCGUCGUCUUCCAGCAGCUGACGACCUCAUCCCGGAUCAUCCUGCCUUCUAAGCCCCGCCUUCAUGGGUUGUUUUCAGUCCUGCUGCUCCGGCGGCGAAGGCCGAAGAACCGAGAGCAGAACCGAACCUGGACCUGCUGCGGCCCGAAGCUGCCGGAAUUUACCGGGAACUGCCGGAAACUACCGAACCCCGAACUUCUCCAUGAAACGCAGCAGACUCCAUUUCCCAUCAUGCCUGAGGACAUGGCCAUCAGGAUCUGCCUCGCAAGCUCUCCUCCUCUUCGCUCCUUCCUCAGUAACCAUGACUGUCAGUACGCGCCAGCGUCUGCGGGGCUGAGCUGCCGCCCGCUGCGACCGUGUCUGUCCUCAGGAUGCUCCAACGCCGUCUCCCUGGAGGCACCCGCCUCUGCGCCAAGGAAGAGCCCAAGGAAAAGCGUGGCGUUCGCGGACUCCCAAGGUCUGGCGCUCACCACCGUCCACAUCUUUACUGAAGAUGACCCGUUGGCUGAGCUGCAGUUCCACCUGACAGAGCUGGAGGGCGCACUGGACCUGGAGGUCAAAGAGUCAGCAGAAUCAGGUUCUGGCCUGGUUCUGGACUUCACGCCACCAGCUGCAGACUAUCUGGACCUGAGGAACCGGCUCAAAGCCCAGCACGUGUGUCUAGAGUCCUGUUCGGUGCAAGAGCACCUUCUCUCCGGUACCGUCCAGGUCCGGAACAUCUGCUUUGAGAAGUCCGUCUCAGUUCGGAUCACGUUCGAUUCCUGGAGCUCGUUCCAGGAUGUCCGGUGCCGGUACCUGAACAACGUCUACGGCUGCCCUGACAUCGACACCUUCACCUUCUCCAUCCCUCUCCCUCCGGACCUGGUUCCGUCCAGCCAAGUAGAGUUCUGCAUCUGGUACCAGACAAAAGACCAGGUCCACUGGGACAACAACCUGGGAAACAACUACCGGCUGGCGAUGGCGGACCCAGCUGGCCGUCCAGACCGGGCCUCUGGCAGAAGCCCAGGGCGGGAUGUUCCGAGGGACUGCGGCAGACAGAAGACGGACAGGAUGGACUUUGACCCGUUUGGAAGUCCCAGAACAUCAUUGGGGAUCUUCCCUGAAUGGCAGAGCUGGGGCCGGGUGGAGACCGGUGCCCCCUACUGGUAAUGAGGGACGCUUAAUCCGGCUGAUUUUUAUCAGGCAGAGAUUCUCCAGAACCGUCCGGAACCAACUGGAUCUCAUCCCAUCCCUGAAAAAGCUCCAGGGGAGCCUGUGCUGUCCUCAAAGAGUCACAACGGAACCAGAACUGCUGAAGGAACCCGCUCCAGAGAAGCACCAGAGCCAAACCGGAUCCCAAUAUCUCCAAACCAGAAUCUCAGGAAGAGUCCAGGUCCAGGACCAGCGAUGAAUUCUCCGAGCAACAACGAAGAGGUUCCUUGGAGAACCGGCCCUUCAGAAAUGUGCAAGAAGAACCUUCGACAGAACCUUAGUCAGGUUCAAAGGUCCAGAGCUUAGAACUCCUCAAACCUGAAACGGACCUCGGAUCCUCAGAACUUCAUGGCGGUUCUGAACCAAGACCCAAAGAUCCAUCCAGCUUUGUUCUCGUCUUCUGACCCAUCUGGACUUGAAAUGCAGGGAGAACUAGUGUGUCAGAACCAGAACAUCAGACGCGUUCUACAGGUGGUCCAGGUGUUGAUCCACAAAAAGUGGAUCAACACCCACAGCUUUAAAACCUGUAAGCGCCAGCGUACAGCGUAAAGAUCUUUAAUCUUUCUGUGGACGCAUUCCUCAUAGUCAUGGUAACUGCUGUAACCCACCUUCCUGAAGAGAGAGAGAGAGUGUGUGAGUGUGUGUGUGUGUGUGAGAGUGUGUGUGAGUGUGUGUGUGUGUGAGUGUGUGUGUGUGA